ACCAUGGAAACCAGAGAUGGUUUUGGUGGCUGACAAACAUGGCGCUGCUGAGGAAACGUGUUAGCUGCAAACAAAAACACGUUUGCUGCUGCUGUACUUAACCGGAUUAUUAUUUUUGUCCGCGAAGGGAAGCCUGUCGUCUGGAUAAACGUCUAUGGAAAGACGGUAUAGUUUUUAUUCACCUACAUGUUAACGUGACGUGAAUGAUCUUGUAAAGCGGACUGACACAGCUAACGUUAGCCACUUCAUCUGCAGCAGAAUCAGCCAGGAACUAACUAAUCCGCAGGAUAAUCCAGUCGGCUGUGACGACUAGCCAGGACCACUGUGUCUGUGUCCAUCAGAAAAGCUCAAAAUAUAUAUUUAUUUUUCAAAUUACCAUCUUGGGGAGUGAACAGCUGAGAACUGUACUGGAGCAUCUUAAAAUAUCAACGCUAAAUAGAAAACGGUUAACCUGACCUGUGACAAUUCAAAAGGAUCUGUGUACGUAAGUGAUUAUUCUAACAAACGAAAUGGAACUGAACUUAAACCACGUCGAUUAUCUCCAGGUUGGUGUGACAUCUCAAAAAACCAUGAAACUUCUCCCAACUGUGGGGCGAAAAGCAACUCAAAAGGUGGCUGUUGCAGAUCAUGAUGGGGUUGUGACUUGUUUUGGAAUGAAAAAAGGGGAGGCUGUGCCUGUGUUCAAAUCGCUCCCAGGACAGAAGAUCUCCAGACUUGAGCUUGGAGGGGCUUUGGGAACCCCGCAGGAAAAGAUCUUUGUGAGCUCAGGCUCUGAAGUGAGGGGAUAUACUAAAAAGGGCAAACAGUUUCUUACAUUUGAAGCCAACCUAACAGAGAGCAUAAAUGCCAUGCAUGUUUCAGGGGCAGAUCUGUUUGUGUGUGCCAGUUACAUUUAUAACCAUUACUGUGACUGCAAGGAUCAGGACUACUUCCUGUCAGGAGACAAGAUCAAUGACGUCCUGUGUUUACCUGUGGAGACUGUGGGCCGCAUUGUGCCCAUCCUGGCCUGCCAGGACAGAGUACUUAGAGUAUUGCAGGGCUCUGACCUUCAGUAUGAUGUAGAAGUUCCCGGACCUCCAACUGUUCUGGAACUUCUCAACAGAGAUGGUGGAAAGGGUGGUGAGGAAGUUCUUUAUGGAACAGCUGAUGGGAAACUAGGUCUUGUGCAGAUUACCAAAUCUGGAACCAUUACAAGUUGGGAACUGGAUAAUGAGAAGAAAAAAGGAGGUGUGCUUUGUAUUGAUACCUUUGACAUUGUUGGUGAUGGUGUGAAGGACAUCCUGGUGGGAAGGGAUGAUGGGACUGUGGAGGUCUACGGGUUGGACAGUUCAAAUGAGCCAACAGUGCGCUUUGAGAAUGUUUUGUCUGAGAGCGUCACAUCGAUCCAGGGUGGCUGUGUUGGAAAGGAAAUGUAUGAUGAAGUUCUUGCAACAACUUACACAGGAUGGGUGUCAGGUCUCACCACAGAGCCUCAGCAGAUGGUAGCAGGCCCAGGGGAUGAGAUCAAGAUGAGCCGGGAGACCCAGGGGAAGGUGGCUGCACUCAGGGCAGAGUUAGAGCAGUUGCAGGUGAAAGUGUUGCAGGGGAGAGAAAAGUACCAGCAGAGCUCUCAGUCCAGCACGGCUGUGUCCGCUGUGCCAGUCUUUAGCAUCAAUGACAAAUUCACAUUGUGCCAGGAUGAUGCCAGUUACAGCCUCACACUAGAGGUGCAGACCGCCAUUGACAACUUGCUGCUACAGAGUGAUGUUCCCAUUGACCUGUUGGAUGUGGAGAAGAACUCAGCAGUGGUCAGCUUCAGUGAAUGUGAUUCAGAGUCAAAUGGGAACUUCCUCCUCGCCACCUACAGGUGCCAAGCAAAUACCACUAGGCUGGAACUGAAGGUGAGGUCUAUAGAGGGUCAGUAUGGCACCCUUCAGGCUUACGUGACUCCAAGGCUUCAGCCCAAAACCUGCCAGGUUCGACAAUACCAGAUCAAACCGCUUUCCCUCCACCAAAGGACGCAUGCAAUCGAUCAGGAGCGGCCCAUGAACACAUUGAGACUGACAGGACAGUUCAGUUUUGCAGAGAUCCAUUCCUGGGUUGUGUUCUGUCUGCCUGAGGUCCCAGAGAAAACCCCGGCAGGAGACAGCAUCACAUUCUACUUUCAGAACACUUUCUUGGGAACACAGCUAGAAGCCACCUAUUGUAAAGGUGAGGCAAACUUCAAAUCAGACAACAUUUCUACCAUAUCCAUACUGAAGGAUGUUUUGUCCAAAGAGGCCACUAAGCGAAAAAUCAAUCUGAAUACAUCCUAUGAGGUGAAUGAGGACUCUGUGAGCCAUACUCUUCGAAUGAUUCAUCCCAAGCUAGAGUAUCAGUUGAUUUUGGCCAAAAAAGUGCAGCUUAUUGAUGCUUUAAAGGAGUUGCAGGUGCAUGAGGGGAAUGCAGAUUUUCUGAUUCCAGAGUAUCGCAGUAUACUGGAUGAAUCUGCCCAGCUCUUAGAAGAAUAUAAGAAACAGCCAGCUCACUUAGAAAGAUUGUAUGGUAUGAUCACCGAUCUGUUCAUCGACAAGUUCAAAUUUAAAGGACAAAAUGUCAAAACAAAAGUUUCACAGCUACUUGCAAUUUUAAACAACUAUGAGCUUGAUUCAUUGAUGGAAUUUUUCAGUGACGCUUAAUGGAAUGUAAAAUUAAAGCACUUUUUAGGAAUGUAUUUUGUGAAUUUUGUUUUUUGCAAUAAACAUUUGGUGUUCUAUAGGAGCUGAUUGUACCAUUACAGAUUUACAAUUCAAAUGUUCAAUGUAAUAAACCUAAAAACCAUGUGUGACUGCAGUUGUUUUAUAUAUUUUUAGAACUCUCACCCAUCGUCUAGUUGCAUUUCUACAGAAAUAAACAUGUUCGUGAAAA